AUGAUGCAUUUCGGCACAACAACAUGGUUGCGCACAUCCCCAGCUGCAGUUGACUGAGUGUUUUAAUUUCUCUUAUGUAGAAAAUGCUGAGUUUCGUGGUUUGUAUUCUGUCUUUCACAGGUUUUGUGUCCUCUCUGGAUUCCAAAGUGUCUCAGGAUGUCCACAGUCCCUCUGAGAGCUACUUCAUGUGGACAUGGCACAACAGGCUGUACUUGUAUUCAGCUGCUGCUCUCAUCUUUGGGAUCUGGUUCUCUGUGAAGAUUGCACUGAAGAGGAAAAGCUUCUCCAAGGAUGUUGGAGUGUUGGUGUACAAAGCAGUGAAGAAGAAUGAUUGCUCCAGCAGAGACACUGUGGUUCAUGUGUCUGCUGUUAAGAUCUUCUAUGGCUCACAAACUGGAACAGCAAAGGGCUUUGCAAAGGAGCUAUCAGAGGAGGUGCAGGCUUUGGGAAUCCCAGCAGAGGUGAUCGACAUGAAGGACUACGAUCCAGACGAUCACCUUGCAGAAGAGUGCAACAACAAGUCUGUCUGUGUGUUCCUUGUGGCGACCUACACGGAUGGACGGCCCACAGAGAACGCUGAGUGGUUCUGUAAGUGGCUGGAGGAGGCGUCCACUGACUUCAGAUACGGGAAAACUUACCUCAAAGGCCUCAGAUACGCCGUGUUCGGUCUGGGAAACUCUGUCUAUGUUGGCCACUACAACACAGUGGGGACAAACGUGGACAAGUGGCUGUGGAUGCUGAGUGGUGUGCGGAUCCUGACCCGGGCCGAGGGCGACUGUAACGUGGUGAAGAGCCGUAAUGGCAGCGUCCAGGAAGACUUCCUGGCUUGGAAGGUGAAGUUCAUGAACCGCCUGCAGGCUCUGGCCAAAGGGGAGAAGAAGAGCUGCAGUGGAAACUGUAAGACGGGAGGAACCUGCAAGAACAAGAAGAUGGAAGAGGAGGAGCAGGAGGAGGAGGAGGAUGAAGAGGAGGAGCAGAGUAACAGAUCUGAGGAGGAUCCACUGGAGUCCAGCAGCGAUGAGGACGAGUCUGGCCUGCAAGAGAAAAGGUCAGGUUUAGUGGUCGACAUGGAGGAUCUGGGCAACAUGAUGAGCAGUGCCAGGAAAGCAAAGAGCCAAGCUGAGGGUCAAGGAGACGGCCAGAUGGUGAAACUAUCCAGGCUGAACGGAGUGAAGAAGGUUGAAGACGAAGGAGAACGAAGAGAGAUGAUCACGCCUGCUCUCAGAGAAGCACUGACGAAACAAGGGUACAAACUGAUUGGAAGUCACUCAGGAGUGAAACUCUGUCGAUGGACCAAGUCUAUGCUGCGAGGAAGAGGAGGCUGCUACAAGCACACGUUCUACGGCAUCGAGUCACACCGCUGCAUGGAGACCACCCCGAGCCUCGCCUGUGCUAACAAGUGCGUCUUCUGCUGGAGGCAUCACACCAACCCGGUGGGCACAGAGUGGCGCUGGAAGAUGGACCCUGCUGAGAAAAUCCUGCAGGACGCCGUGGAGAAGCACGAGAGCAUGAUCCGGCAGUUUAGAGGUGUCCCAGGAGUGAAGCCUGAGCGGUAUGAGGAGGGAUUGAAAGUUAAGCACUGCGCCCUCUCCCUGGUGGGCGAACCAAUCAUGUAUCCGGAAAUCAACACCUUCAUCCGCCUCCUCCACUCCCACAACAUUUCCAGUUUCCUGGUCACUAACGCUCAGUUCCCACAGGAAAUCAGGAACCUGGUGCCAGUUACCCAGCUCUAUGUCAGCGUGGAUGCCAGCACCAAAGACAGUCUGAAAAAGAUUGACAGACCACUUUUCAAAGACUUCUGGCCUCGCUUCCUGGACAGCCUCAGAGCGCUGGGAGAAAAGAGACAGAGGACGGUGUACAGACUGACCCUGGUGAAGGCCUGGAACGUGGAGGAGAUGCAGGCCUACUCUGAGCUCAUAGCUAUGGGUCAGCCGGACUUUGUGGAGGUCAAGGGAGUGACGUACUGUGGAGAAAGCUCUGCCAGCAGUCUGACCAUGGCUAACGUCCCCUGGCACCAGGAAGUGGUCGCCUUCGUGCAGCAGCUGGCGGACAUGUUGCCUCAGUACGAGAUCGCCUGUGAACACGAGCACUCCAACUGUUUGCUGAUCGCACACACCAAGUUCAAAGUGGACGGCGAGUGGUGGACGUGGAUCGACUACGAGCGUUUCCAGGAGCUCGUCCGGACUCACGAGGAGAGCCAAGGACAGCAGAGCUUCUCUGCUUUGGACUACACAGCCAAGACCCCCAGCUGGGCUCUGUUCGGAGCCAACGAGCAAGGUUUCGACCCUGUAGACACACGCUUCCAGCGACGCAACAAAACCAAAGAUAUUUCAGGAUGCUGAUAGAUGAAAGAGAGAGAGAGGUAGAGGGAGGUAGGAGGAAUUGAGUGAGUGCUGAUCUCUAGAGCAGAAAUAAAAUGAAGGGAGUGAGAGUUUAAUGAUUUUAUUCCCUUCUGUUGAGUUUCAAAUUCACGGUUCACAGCUGCCCUCUUUCUAAUCCGAACCUUUUCUCCCUCUUUCUGCUUUUAUCCAAAUCAGAUCUUUCCACACAUUCCCCUUCACAUUUCAUUUAAGUGCUGCUUUUGCUUCGUUCCUUUAUUUACAACCUGUAACACUUGCUCUCCUUAAUUUUUUGAAGGGGUUAUUAUUUUAAAUAUCAUCGGCUUUGGUUUUUUUGCACUAUUUGGCAGCAUGACGUUAGACCUGAGAGUGACUUCCAACUCCAGGCUCAUUUUGAACGUUCCCUAUAAACCAGCUGCACAGCUCAGGACAUGAUUAGCAUGUGAGGAGUCUGCAGAGUUACAAAUCUCCUCCAGACACCUUUGCUCCUCCUCCUCCCACUUAUCAGGACAGCAGGUGUAUUUACUGAGAGAGGAGCAUCCAGGCUCAGCUCCACUGAGAGAAUCAAACCUCUGAUUGCUCUCUUUGUGGGGUUUUUUUUAGUUCAAAGUCUUCACUGUUGCACAUUCACUGCAGUGUCUGCUGCACUCGGUGAGUCUGGAUGGUAGAAAAUGCAUCAACAUCACGAGGCGGCUCAUUUCAGACACUUGAUAGUGAGAGCUUUUGCAGCAUUUGUUGAUGGAUGACGGUCUCUGAAGAGAAGUCAUCAGAAUAAAAGCACUGAAAUAGAUUUGUUACUGUUUUGCAGAUUAAUCUUUAACACCAACUUUUUGUCCCCAGAUUCUCAGACAAACCAAAAUGUGAAUACAUCUGACAGCUCUGACAUACAUAAACAAACUACUGCGCACAAACAACACUGCUAAUGUCAAUGCAUGCCCUCUGAGCUGACUCCAGUCCUCACACAGGAUAAGAGAGCACAUGACUCUGCAGAACGGCACCCUGGGUAGUGAUGUAGCUUCAUGUCUAACUCUUGCUGCUGCCUCCUCUUCUCCAGCACCCCAGCUUAAAGCCUUUGUUACUGAUACUUUAUUGAAUUCAGAUGUAAAAAAAUCGAGUCCUUUGUUAAGUUUUUAUUUGAAUGUAAAUCCAGAUGUAAACCUUUAAGUCCUUUUUGAUUGUUUUGUAAGUCUCCUUUGUUGCAGAGCCUCCCUGUCGGUGGAAACAGCAGGUGUAUGGAUGCAUCAACAUAAUAAAUGUAUUUGGGAUACUC